UAGGGAGGUAAUCCAACAGCUACUGUGAUUGCACUGUGUGCAAUGAGAGACUUCAACCUUGCUCAAGAAACUUGCCAGCUGGCCAUCAGAGACAUUGGAUGUCUUGAAGUGUUGAUUAAUUUGCUUGAUACAGAAGAAAUUAAAUGUCAGAUUGGCUCAUUAAAAAUCCUAAAAGAAAUUAGUCAAAAUACACUGAUCAGACAUUCAAUUGUGGAUCUUGGAGGCUUACAGAUCAUGGUGAAAAUACUGGACUCUCCAGAUACAGAUCUAAAAUGUUUGGCUGCUGAAACAAUUGCUAAUGUUGCUAGAUUUAAACGAGCACGAAGUACAGUAAGACAUUAUGGAGGAAUCAAGAGACUGGUUGGGCUGUUGGAUUGUAUGUCAGUGAGAUCAACUAGUCUUAUACCAUAUCAAGCAAAAGAUACUGAAAAAGCACGCUGUGGGGCUUUAGCACUCUGGAGCUGCAGCAAAAGUACCAAAAAUAAGGAAGCAAUCCGUAAAGCUGGAGGCAUUCCAUUAUUAGCUAAGUGGCUUAAAAGUUCACAUGUAGACAUCCUAACCCCGGUUGUAGGGAUAUUACAAGAAUGCGCCUCAGAGCCAAGUUACAGACUUGCAAUAAGAACAGAAGGAAUGAUUGAAAACCUUGUGAAAAAUUUGAGUAGUGAACACGAGGAGCUUCAAAUGCAUUGUGCUAGUGCCAUAUUCAAGUGUGCAGAAGAUAAGGAGACACGUGACCUGGUUAGACAGCAUGGAGGUCUACAACCACUGUCUGUUCUACUCAAAAACUCUGAAAAUAAAAGACUUCUAGCAGCUGUGACUGGAGCAAUCUGGAAAUGUGCAAUCAGUGAAGAAAACGUGUCAAAAUUUCACGAAUAUAAAGUCACAGAAGCUUUGGUAGGACUGCUCACUGAUCAACCUGAAGAAGUUCUUGUAAAUAUCGUUGGAGCACUGGGGGAAUGUUGCCAAGAAUUAGCAAAUCGAUCAAUUAUCCGUAAAUGUGGUGGAAUACCACCCCUAGUGAAGUUACUUACUGGAACUAAUCAGGCAUUACUUGUGAAUGUCACGAAAGCAGUGGGAGCUUGUGCAACAGAACCUGAGAAUAUGAUGAUAAUUGACCGUUUAGAUGGAGUUCGUUUGUUAUGGUCAUUGCUGAAAAAUCCUAAUCCAGAUGUUCAAGCAAAUGCAGCUUGGGCUAUUUGUCCUUGCAUUGAAAAUGCCAAGGAUGCAGGAGAAAUGGUUCGGUCCUUCGUGGGUGGCUUGGAGCUUAUAGUCAAUUUGCUAAAAUCAAAGAAUAAAGAAGUUUUAGCAAGUAUCUGUGCAGCCAUUACAAAUAUAGCUAAAGAUGAAGAAAAUUUAGCUGUAAUAACAGAUCAUGGAGUCGUCCCUCUGUUGUCUAAACUAGUAAACACAAACAAUGACAAAUUAAGGCAUCACUUAGCAGAGGCCAUUUCUCACUGUUGCAUGUGGGGAAACAAUAGAGUUACCUUUGGAGAGAACAAGGCAGUAGCUCCUUUAGUACACUACUUGAAGUCAAAUGAUCCAUUGGUCCAUAGAGCUACAGCUCAGGCUUUGUAUCAGCUUUCAGAGGAUCCCAGCAACUGUAUCACUAUGCAUGAAAAUGGAGUGGUGAAGGUGAGGUAGAAAUUUUCUUAUUUGACUUGGUAAAAGAGAUUUUUCAUUUGAAAUAGCUUUUAAAUACUGCAGAGUACCUCAAAUAUUCUGAGUCCUGUCCUAGAAAAGCUCGAUGGCAGUGAAAUAGUAAAGAGUAUUUCAGUGCUAAAAUUAUCACAGCUUGGUGGUGUUAUUACAUCAACAUUCACUUCUAGAGUGCUUCGCUUGACUUUGACCUGAGGUGGUAGUGAUAUUACCUCAGCAUUUUAUCAGCAUGCUUGAUUCAUGCAUUUUAACAGCAUGGAUAGUUGCCCACUGUGGCAAAAAGGCACCUUGGAACUGUGUGUAACUGGAUUUGGGGAAAAUUUAAGAUUAAAAUUAAGAAACAAAGUUUACCUGGAACCAUGCAAUAAUGAAAAAUCUUGUUUUAAGAGUUCAGCAGGAGAACAUUUUGCAAAGGCUCUAGAAAGAAUUUUUCUAUGAAAAUGAUUUCUGAAAGGUUUUAUCUUGCAACAAAGAGAGGUUCUUUACUGAAUUGCAUUAUACCAGGACAAGAGAUAGUAGUCACGGAUUGAGACUGAUGGAUUCCAGCUAGAUAUAAGGAAAAAAUAUUCCACCUGGAGGGUACACUGGAACACUUUCUUACAGUGGCUGUGGAAUCUACAUCCAAGGAAAUCUGAAAACCUCUCUUGAAAGAAAUCGGCAACCUUUUCUGGAUUCAGUGCUGUCCUUGCUUUGAACAGAAGGUCAGCAUUGAUGAGAUAACCUUCAAACCUGAGUGAUUUAGUAAUCAAAAUCAUCUGACUUCUAACAGAUGGAGAAUAAUGAUUGAACUUUGCAGAAUUCCACAGUCCUUUGGUAGUGGAGAAGUAUAUUCCAUCUUUUCUCUGUAUUUUAUUGAUUUAUUCCUGUGGCAUAUCCAGUUAGGGAAAAUAGCUGUUUUUUGUGAUACUAGCCUUUUUUAUCCUCUCUGCAGAAGCAGUCACCCCUUCUUCAGUGUACUUUGUGAAAUGAGCAUUUCAAAAUAAAUAUUGUUAGAGUAACAGAUUUAAUCAGUCUGCUGUUUAGAUAGUUAAGGAGAAGUGUCUGAAUUCUACUCCUUAUCAUUCAGAAAUGGAAUAUUCAUUCCAUAAACAGGCAAUUCACUUGAAUUUUAGGUCUGG